UCAGAAUAAACUGCAACUUGUUCGCCAGUUUUGAGCGAUUUAUCUGCUCUUAUCACUAAUGAUUUGAAGAAGGACUUUCAUUUAUCCGUUUUUUUCAGUACAUUAUAUUGGGUUUUUCUUUUGUAUCAUUUUCAAGAGCCAGAGACUUGAGACCACUUUUGGAUCCGCGACAUCCUCUUUUCCCCCUACACAACACUGGACUUCCCAAACCUGUGUGAUGUGCUGAUAUCUGGGUGAGCAGGAUCAGCAUCAACAUGAACCAGUGGAGAGUCCUGUUACUGUGCGUGACUUUAUUAUGGAGGCUACAAACAGCAGCAUCCCAAACCCAUGAAGAAGUGUGUCAAGGUACGCAGAAUGGUCUGAGCUCCACCGGCUCUCAGGAGAAUCAGUACAACCUGAUUAAGGAUCGAUAUGACGGCUGUGAGAUCAUCAUGGGAAACCUGGAGAUCACUCAGAUUGAGAGCAACUGGGAUUUCUCCUUCCUCAAGACAAUCCGAGAGGUGACCGGUUACAUCCUGAUUGCCAUGAACCACUUCCAGGAGCUUCCUUUGAGGCAGCUACGGGUCAUCAGAGGAAACAGUCUGUAUGAAGGACGCUUCGCCCUCUCGGUUUUCUUCAACUACCCCAAAGAUGGCUCCAAUGGCCUGAGGCAGCUGGGGCUCAUGAAUCUGACAGAGAUUCUGGAAGGAGGAGUACGGAUUAUCAACAACAAAUACCUGAGUUAUGGCCCCUGGAUCUACUGGCAAGACAUCAUCCGGGACAACAGUGCUCCUAUUGACAUCCAGUACGACGGAGAAAGAGGCCCGUGUCACAAAUCUUGUGGAGAAUAUUGCUGGGGGCCAAAUGAGGAUCAAUGCCAGAUCUUGACUAAGACGGUGUGUGCGCCGCAGUGCAACGGCCGCUGUUUUGGAACCAGCCCCAGGGACUGCUGUCACAUAGAAUGUGCAGCGGGAUGUAAAGGCCCUCUGGACGUGGACUGUUUUGCUUGUCGGCAUUUCAACGACUCCGGCGCCUGUGUGCCUCAGUGUCCUCAGACUCUGAUCUAUAACAAGCAGACGUUUCAGAUGGAGACCAAUCCUAAUGCCAAAUACCAGUACGGAUCGAUCUGUGUUUCUCAGUGCCCCACUCAUUUUGUGGUGGACGGCAGCUCCUGUGUGAGCGCCUGUCCUCUGGACAAGAUGGAGGUGGAGAGAGAAGGUCAGAGGCAGUGCGAGCUCUGCAGUGGACUCUGCCCGAAAGUGUGUGAAGGCACUGGGGCAGAACACAGACAGACUGUGGACUCCAGCAACAUCGACAGCUUCAUCAACUGCACCAAGAUCCAGGGCAGCCUUCACUUCCUGGUCACAGGGAUUCUUGGAGAUGACUUCAAAAAUAUCCCGCCCCUGGAUGCCAAAAAGUUGGAAGUGUUCCACACAGUUAGAGAAAUAACAGAUAUUCUAAACAUCCAGUCAUGGCCCAAAGAGCUGAAUGAUCUGUCGGUUUUUUCAAGUCUCACUACCAUUCAAGGGAGGUCGCUCUACAAGCGUUAUUCUCUGAUGGUGAUGCGCAUCCCCACUCUUACCUCACUGGGUCUGCGAUCGCUCCGGGAAAUCAGUGAUGGCAGCGUCUACAUCAGUCAGAAUGCCAACCUCUGUUACCACCACACUGUGAACUGGACGCAGCUGUUCAGAGGGCGCAGAGUUCGAGUCAACAACCUCAACAACAACAGACAGCUGGCAGAGUGCGUGGCAGAAGGCCGUGUGUGCGACCCUCUCUGUUCAGACUCAGGGUGUUGGGGUCCGGGGCCCGAUCAGUGUUUGUCCUGCAGGAACUACAGCCGGGACGGCACAUGCGUAGGCAGCUGUAACUUUUACACCGGAGUUUUGAGGGAAUUUGCAAGUCGUAAGGGAGAGUGUGUGACCUGUCAUCCAGAAUGUAAACCUCAGAGAUGGAAAGCCAGCUGCACCGGACCGGGUGCAGAUGAAUGUGUAGCUUGUGCCAACCUUCGAGACGGUCCCUACUGCAUGUCCUCCUGCCCCACUGGAGUAAACGAUGGACAGAAGGGGCUGAUUUUCAAAUACCCCAACAGGGAGGGUCAUUGUGAACCGUGUCACCACAACUGCACACAGGGAUGCAGUGGCCCUGGAUUACAUGACUGUUUACAGACUGCCAGACUGGCAGUUAGUAGUGGUCAGAUCACAGGCAUAGCUUUAGGUGUCCCGGCUGGCUUGAUUUUCUGCCUGGUGUUGUUUUUCCUCGGUGUGCUGUACCACCGAGGCCUGGCCAUUCGUCGCAAGAGAGCCAUGAGGAGAUACCUGGAGAGUGGAGAGAGCUUUGAGCCACUGGGUCCUGGAGAGAAAGGCACCAAGGUUCACGCCCGCAUUCUGAGGCCCUCAGAGCUGAAAAAAAUCAAAGCACUUGGCUUGGGUGUUUUUGGCACAGUGCACAAGGGCUUUUGGACUCCAGAGGGAGAAACAGUGAAGAUCCCUGUGGCCAUUAAAACCAUCCAGGACAGCUCAGGCCGACAGACUUUCACUGAGAUCACUGAUCAUAUGCUGUCCAUGGGAGGUCUGGACCACCCCUACAUCGUGAGGCUGCUGGGCAUCUGUCCAGGUGCCAGUCUGCAGCUGGUGACUCAGCUCAGCUCUCAGGGCUCCUUACUGGAGCACAUCAGGCAGCAUAAGAACAGCUUGAACCCCCAGCGCCUGCUCAACUGGUGUGUGCAGAUUGCGAAGGGGAUGUACUAUCUGGAGGAACACUGCAUGGUCCACAGGAAUCUGGCCGCCCGCAACAUCUUGCUGAAAAACGACUACCAGGUCCAAAUCUCCGACUACGGUGUUGCAGACCUGCUUUAUCCUGACGACAAGAAAUACGUCUACACAGACACGAAGACACCAAUAAAAUGGAUGGCACUUGAAAGCAUCUUGUUCCGAAGAUACAGUCAUCAGAGUGAUGUUUGGAGUUACGGGGUGACAGUGUGGGAGAUGAUGUCUUUUGGGGCGGAGCCAUAUGCAUCCGUGCAGCCUCAGGAAGUCCCCAGUCUGCUGGAGAAGGGCGAGCGUCUGUCACAGCCCCACAUCUGUACUAUAGACGUCUACAUGGUCAUGGUUAAAUGCUGGAUGAUUGAUGAAAAUAUCAGACCAACCUUCAAAGAACUGGCCAGUGACUUCACUCGCAUGGCAAGAGACCCACCGAGAUAUCUGGUCAUUAAGCUGGAAGGAGAUGAAGCCACCCCAGAUGAAAUCCAUCGAAGAGAGUCAGAGCGAGGACUUCUGGAUGCAGAUCUGGAGGAUCCCGAUGAGGAGGGACUGGAUGAUGGUUUGGCUACACCUCCUCUUCAACACUCCCCUUCAUGGAGUCUGUCUCGAUCAAGGAUUAAUUCUUACAGAAGCGGUGCUUCUCAGGCCGGACCAGCUGGAUACCUGCCAAUGACCCCGAGUCCUGCAGACAGCCUCCGCCAGCUGUGGUUCCAGAGGUCUCGUCUGAGCUCGGUCCAGACGCUGCCUGAGAGGUCACAGGUCAGGGGAGUUGGCAGGGACGCAGAGGACGCUUUACGGACCGUGAGCCUUCACAGGGCCAGGUUCGGCUCAGAGAGGAGUAACGCUCGUCUGCCUGCCAGCCGACACAGGAAGCUUUCGACUGCUUCAAGUCCGUCCUCUUACAAGGUGUGGACGGCGGACGAAGACGAGGAGGUGGAUCACUAUGGCUACGUCCUGCCUGGGUCACCUGGGACUCCAGAGAGAGCCUCCAGAAUCUCUCAGUCUGUCCGAAGAAACUCAAGACUCAAGAAUAAUCUUCGUCUCGUGGUGAUGAAUCCCUCCCAGGAGUACGAAAUCAUGAACACAGAGUCUGAUGCUCUUCCUUGCUCGGCCAGCAGCGUCUCAUCACAUGGAGACGACAAUAUGGCUGCACCCUGUCAAAAUAUCUCACCUUUACCCUCUCCAACUGUCAUGGCUUUGUUACCUGCAGAAAAAAAGGUACAUCAAGAAACUCUCACACCAAUGUCAGCUGUAAGGAGUAAGCAAGCCCAAGAGGCUUGUGUAGGAAAUGUAGCAGAGGUAAAAGACUCAACAGAGAAGCUAAACAGAGACGUUUCGAAUGAAAUUAAAUCUGUGGAUGAGCAAGCAGAGGCAGGUCAAGGGUUUGGCAGGUAUGAAUACAUGGACAUCAGGCGUUGUGACUCCACAGAGGGAGAUGAACCGGAAUGGGAAAGAGAAGCAUCUGCACAGAGCGAAGCAGAGACAGAGGAAGAGGGGGUAUUGAAAAAUGAGGAGGAAGAGGAAACGGAAAAGUGCCACAACACAAAUAAACAAGCUGGUCUACAGGGGAACCAGAGCGUCGUGAUUGUACCAGAAGCAGAUGUGCUGACAGAGGGGGAAAAACUGGAGGAGUACGAGGAGAUGACCAGAUUUAGAGUGGUGCCUGGUGGGUGGGAGCACACAGAGUACCAGAACCUCCCAGCGAAGGGGAGGGAUGUUUCCGAGGAGAUGGGCAGCGGCAGGUGUGCAGGGAUCGGGGAAUACAUCAAGGUGUGUGCUGGCAUGGGGGAACCUGGCAGCAACACAUCAUUUGACAACCCAGACUACUGGCACAGCAGGUUGUUCCUCAAGCCAGAUGCUGUACGCACUUAAUAACAUGGACUGGGACAGAGACACUGUAACUGCAGCAGUUACUUAAGGUCUUGUCAGAAAUUUUGUGUAGUUUUAUAAUGUUUUCCUUUUUUUUAAGGAGUUUCUUGCAGCCAAAAAUCUUUGAGAGAAGAAAAUGUUAAAAUAAAUACACACGUGGACAAAAUUGUUGGUACCCCUCAGUUAAAGAAGGAAAAACCCACAAUUCUCACUGAAAUCACUUGAAACUCACAAAAGUAACAAUAAAUAAAAAUUUAUUGAAAAUUAAAUAAUCAAAAACAGCCAUUACUUUUGAAUUGUUGAUUAACAUAAUUAUUUAAAAAAACAAACUAAUGAAACAGGCCUGGACAAAAAUGAUGGUACCUCUAUAAAAGAUUGAAAACUAUUUGACCAGAGUGACAUGAUUAACUCAGGUGUGUCAUUUAAUUGACAUCACAGGUGUUUCCAAACUCAUAAUCAAUCAGUCUGCCUAUUUAAAGGGAGACAAGUAGUCACCCUGCUGUUUGGUGAAAAGGUGUGUACCACACUGAACAUGGACAACAGAAAGCGAAGGAGAGAAUUGUCCCAGGACAUCCGAAAAAAAAUUAUAAACAAACAUCUUAAAGGUAAAGGCUAUAAGACCAUCUCUAAACAGCUUGAAGUUCCUGUGACAACAGUGGCUCAUAUUAUUCAGAAGUUCAAGACCCACGGGACAGUAGCCAACCUCCCUGGACGUGGCCGCAAGAGGAAAAUUGAUGACAAAUUGAAGAGACGGAUCGUUGGAAUUGUAUCCAAAGAGCCCAGAGCAACCUCCAAAGAAAUUAAAGGUGAACUCCAAGGCCAAGGUACAUCAGUGUCAGAUCGCACCAUUUGUCGUUGUUUGAGCCAAAGUGGACUUCAUGGGAGACGACCAAGGAGGACACCACUGCUGAAAAAAACUCAUAAAAAAGCGAGACUGAAAUUUGCAAAAAUGCAUGUUGACAAGCCACAAAGCUUCUGGGAGAAUGUCCUUUGGACAGAUGAGACCAAACUGGAGCUUUUUGGUAAGGCACAUCAACUCUAUGUUCAUAGACUCAAAAACCAAGCAUACGAAGAAAAGAACACUGUCCCUACGGUGAAACAUGGAGGAGGCUCAGUAAUGUUUUGGGGCUGCUUUGCUGCAUCUGGCACAGGGUGUCUUGAAAGUGUGCAAAGUACGAUGAAAUCUGAAGACUAUCAAGGCAUUCUGGAGAGAAAUGUGCUGCCUAGUGUCAGAAAGCUUGGUCUCAGUCGCAGGACAUGGGUCUUCCAACAGGACAACGAUCCAAAACGCACAGCCAAAAACACCCAAGAAUGGCUGAGAGAAAAGCGUUGGACUAUUCUAAAGUGGCCUUCUAUGAGCCCAGAUCUGAAUCCCAUUGAACAUAUGUGGAAGGAGCUGAAACAUGCCAUUUGGAGAAGACACCCAUCAAACCUGAGACAACUGGAGCUGUUUGCUCAUGAGGAGUGGGCCAAAAUACCUGUUGACAGCUGCAGAACGCUCAUUGACAAAUACAGAAAUCGUUUAAUUGCAGUGAUUGCCUCAAAAGGUUGUGCAACAAAAUAUUAAGUUAUGGUAACCAUCAUUUUUGUCCAGCCCUAUUUCAUUAGUUUGUUUUUUUAAAUAAUUAUGUUAAUCAACAAUUCAAAAGUGAUGGCUGAUUUUGAUUAUUUAAUUUUCAAUAAAUUUUUAUUUAUUGUUACUUUUGUGAGUUUCAAGUGAUUUCAGUGAGAAUUGUGGGUUUUUCCUUCUUUAACUGAGGGGUACCAACAAUUUUGUCCACGUGUGUAUAUCCUUGAAUCUUAUGCCACACAUUCAUGAAGUAAAUAAUUUAUGAAACCAGUUGUGAGAUGAUAAACAGCCAUUAAAAAAGGCUGUUGCUGGCUGAUCAUGCUGAAUUUCACAGUUAAAGUAAAAAGCAUCUUGUUUCUUUCUUCCAUAUAUGUAAAUUGUAGCAGCAAUAUGAUGUGACCUGUUUCUGUUGUCUGUCUUUUUAUAUUAACAUGAUUUAUUAUGAAACAUAAUUUGAUUUAUGCUCAAACUGCCAAUCAUUUGUAGCAUUGAUCUGUGUAGAGGAGUCUUUUUUAUGUUGUCUUUAUAAAGUAUAACAAUAAAAUACUGAUUUAUUAAAAAGGCU